AUGGCGACAGUGGAGUUCGACGAAGUCUACGAAGAAAUUCGUGGUGUUCUCAAUCCUGGUCGCUUGAAACUCACAUCGAACUCAAUUGUAUUUAAAAAUUUACGCACGGGCAAGUUAGAAACAUUGACUAAAGAUGAAAUUGAGAGUGUCAAGUGGAUGAAACGUGCGCGUGGUUAUGGUUUGAAGUUUAUUACAAAGAACGAUACAUCAUUACGUUACGAUGGAUUCAAGGAUACGGAUAUCGAACGAUUAAAAGAGUUCAUAACCAGCAAUUUUGGAAAAAAUGUCGAAACACAGAAGAUGGCUGUUAAUGGUUGGAACUGGGGUCAAGUUAAGUUUGGAGCUGGAAAUCUGGCGUUUGAAGUUGAUCAUAAACAAGCAUUUGAAGUUCCACUAAAAAAUGUUUCGAACUCCAACAAAGGCAAGAAUGAAAUUACACUUCAAUUUCAUCAAGCAGAUGAUGCCAAAGUAUCACUAAUGGAAGUUCGAUUCUAUGUUCCUCCUGGCGAUGUUGAUAGUGAUGCAGUUGAGGAUUUCCAUCAAAAUGUUAUGAAAGGUGCUGCUGUAUUAACAGCGAAAGCUGGUGAUGCAAUUUGUAGCUUAUCCGAUAUCAAUUGUAUCGUACCACGUGGCCGACAUGAAUUACGAUUCUAUCCAGGAUUUUUCGAUUUACAUGGCAAAUCAUAUGAUUAUAAGAUUCCAUACAAUCAAAUUACACGUGGAUUUCUUCUUCCACAUAAAGAUAAUCGACAAAUGUACUUUGUGCUUAGCUUGGAUCCACCUAUAAAACAUGGCCAAACACGGUAUCAAUACAUCAUCUUUGGCUUUAAAAAAGAAGAAGAAACAUCAGUUGAAAUGUCCUUAACGCCUGAAGUUAUUCAAGAAAAAUAUGGUAAUAAUCUUCAAAAAGAAAUGCAUGGUCCGUACCAUGAUAUUGUCUCGCGUCUCUUUCGUGCGAUAACGGAACAACGUAUUACUGUACCCGGUUCAUUUACAAGUAAAAGUGGAGCAAAAUGUGUUAGUUGCGCAUACAAAGCAUCGGCUGGUUUACUUUAUCCACUGGAACGUGGUUUUAUUUAUAUAACUAAACCACCGAUAUACGUUCAUCAUGAUGAUGUGGCAUCGUGUGGAUUUAAUCGUUCCAAUACAGCCACUGGUCGAACGUUUGACUUCGAAAUUCAACUGAAAAGUGGUGGAUCACAAGUUUUCAGUAAUAUCGAAAAAGAGGAAGCGAAGCCGAUGUCAGAUUUCCUUAGUUCGAAAGAACUUCGUAUUCAUGCAGCUAGUAAUUGGGACAAAAAAGUCAAUUACGGCGUCGAUAAGGAUCGGGACAUUUAUUUGGAACACGUGCAGAACGAAGGACAAGAGCGAGAAGAUGAUGAUGAGGAAAGCGAUGAUGAAGAAGAAGAUGAAGAUUUCGAAGGUGACGAAGAGGAAGACGAUGCUCUCGAAUAUGACAGUAAUGCUUCAAUUCAUUCAACAGAAGAUGAAGAUGAAGAUGGAAAUAAGAGUCCAUCAUCACCGAAGAAACGCAAGAAAACAGAAUCAUCCACAAGUUCUAAGAAAAAGUCGGACGAAUCAUCGAAAAAGAAAUCCAAACCGAAAGAAUCACCAAAAAAGAAAGCACCGAAAAGUAAAGAAGAAGUUGAAGAUGAUUCUGAUUAG